AAUGCCUCUGUCUAUGUUUGUGGCGGAGGACUCUUCGGCGCCCCAGGGAUACAAUGUGGUCCACACCACCAAACCUAAGCUCGAUUGGGCCGAUAUGGUCGACGACCUCGAGUUGGAUGAUAAAUUCACUCUGAAUUACAAGAAAGAGCCGAACAAAGUAUUGCUGCCGUCGGCGCCCAAAGCCACGCGCGGACCCGACAUUGACAUGACUCGAGUGCCGUCUGACCCGCCAUUCAAAGCCUAUUUAGGAAACCUCCCGUACGACGUGACCGAUCAGGAGAUCACCAGAUAUUUCGGAAAACUCAGUAUAAUAGACGUCCGUUUGCCGCUAUAUAAUGGCCGACAGCGAGGCUUUGCUUACGCGGAGUUUGAGAACAGGGAAUCAUUGGUUGACGCGCUCGCGAAGAAUGGAGACAUGUUUCGCAACCGACAGCUGAAAGUGGGUCUUCCAGGAGAUAAUGCCGACGGCAGUAGUGGUGGUCGAGAAGGCAGACCCGAACGGGAGGAACGAACGGACAGGACUGCCGGCGACUGGAGAACCGCUCCUCGAGAAGAGGAGAGCCCACGAGAUAAUCCCCGCGAAGCCCCUCGAGAUCGGGAUAACUAUGGCUUCAGGAACGGCAUGAGUGACUCGUUUCCGGACAGACGGUCGCAACGAAAUGAUUACAAUUCGGAUCGGAGUUCCGGUUUUGGCCGAAACUUCAGCGACGGGCGCUCGGAUGGCGACUCAUCGUUCAGAUCGACUCAUCAAUCGACUGAUAGAGAGAGACAUUUUACACCCUAUGAGGGAAGAAAUAGUUAUUCAAACGAUCGCAACGACCGAUCGUAUCGGUCUCACGACGACCGCGACUCCGAUCGACCCAACAAUCGUUAUGGCAAUCGAAACGAUAGGAGCGACGGUUACGGCGAGUCUAAUGAUCGCGGAUAUGGCGGUCGACGCUAUGACGACAGGUCUUCGGAGGGCACAAGAAAUGACAGUCGAAGAGAUUUCGAUCGAAACAGAAGAGAUGGUUCCGAAUACGAGUCACGCAAUACUUCUCCCCCGCGUGAGGAGUCGUCGCGACCGUCAGAGAGGCCGAGAUUGCAAUUAAAGCCGCGAACGAAACCCAUAACCGAAGGCAAUGAUAAUGUGGCGAAUUCUGCGAUAUUCGGCGGCGCAAAGCCUGUGAAUACAGCCCUUAGGGAACAGGAGAUCGAGAAGAAACUCCUCAAAGAGAAAGAAGAUUCGGACAAAAAGUUAGAAAGUAGUGGUGAACGCGAGAGUCGGACCCGACGUAUUAGUUCCAGCAGUAAUGUUAGCGCCAAUUCUCGGUCACGAAAGGGCUCGGAUUCGCGCGAUUACGACGAGAACAGAGGCGGCGGUGGAGGCCGUCAAAGGAAGUCGAGUGAACGCGAAGGCAGUGACAGCCAUGAAAACGGACCAAAAUAUACUGUCAUGAGUCGCAAAGAAGGCGGUAGCGGUAGAGAAGGUGACUCUCGACCGGCAAACUCUCGCGAUAGAGAGCAACGAUCGUAUGGCAGAGACGGGAGGGGAGGGAACAGCGGACCCGCUCGCGAGGGAACGGCUCGUAAUAACUACAACAACAAUAACAAUAGGGAUCGGCGUAAAGACAAAGAUGGAAGGGAUAGGUAUGACUCGCACGACAGACCGCCGCGAAUGUCGCAGACUUCGAGCGGUGAGGAGGAGGAACGCAAACAACAGGCUUACAUAACAUCUAAUAAAUUCGCACAUUUGAACGACGAAGAGGACGGCGGCGGCGCUAACCCGACCAACGACUAAACCGUCGACUUAUUUUCACUGAAUAUUUUUAUUUUGAAUUUCGAGAGCAAAUCGCAAUUGUAUUUGAAUGUCAUGUUUUGUCGUGUUUUUCUUAACUGCAAAACUGUUUAUAAUUUUAUUUGAAUUUUCUCUCUUUUUCCAGUUUUAUUACAUUAUAUUAAGAAUAUAUUUAAUGAUAAUUUGAAAAUAUUAGGCAUUUUUGUCAUAUUUUUUGUUUGUUUGUUCUUUUGUUGAACUAAUUUAUUAUACGGCCAUUGAGUAAACCAUUUGUCAAAUAUUCUCCCGAUAUUUACGGCUAAUUAUUUUAAUAGAUUUUUUAUUAAACGUAUAUACAAUUGAGAGUUAAUAAUCGACUUUAAAUUAAUUGUAAAUUAUUUAACUAUUUCUUUGUAUAACAAAGACAUCCGUUGUGUAUAACAAUUGAUUAGAUAUGAAUUAUAGCCAUACGAUUGGAGUGAUGGCAAUGACGGCACUGUUGGCCAAAUAUAUGUAUUUUAGUAGCAAAAGCACUCAAUCUUUAUAUCUGAUAUUAUUUUCCAAAUUUCUAUUAUGUAUUAUAAUUUAUAAAUCAAUACAUAAUAAUAAAAAUUAUAUAUUAUUCAGUUUUAAUACAAAACAAAA